GAAAUAUAUGGAAAUAGAUGAGGAUAACUUACCCCGAUACUUGAACUUAAACAUUUCCUACAAUGAGACCAAGAUAAGGUUUUCUUCAGAUUCUAUUCUGAAAACCAACUCAUCUCAAUCUUCUUUACUAGAAGCCUGGAAAUUAAGGAUAGUUUUUUUACAUUUUAACAUCUACAAAGAAUGUUAUCAACAUUGAUAAGCUCCAAAUUUACCACUACAGGAUAUCCAAGAGGAAUUGAUUUAAUCUGUAGGUUAAUGCACAAGAUAAUUUUAAAAUGAUUAAUCCUGGAAUUCACAACAAAAAAUGUUGACCUCAGAAGAGUUGUUUGAAUGUGUGAUUAUUGUUUUGUAUUAGUUAUUAAUAAGUUGAGUUAAAAUACCACAUUUAAAAAAAACAUUUUUUUGAUUUUACAGCAAGAUUUUCUUGAAAAUUUGAAACAUACUAUCAACGAUAAUCAGCCUGAUAUGGAACUGGAAGCCUAUGAUAUAUGAAGUUCAAAUUAUGCAAGGACUGCUUCGAGCUCUGACAGUCAAUACUAUGAAGGAGUUUGCUCUUAUGCUAACCUAUUUGAAGGAACGAGGAACACCCAGAGGAAUAUUGUACUCAAAAAUAGAAAGAUAUGGUCAAGUCGAGAGAGUUUCUUUAAAGGAACAUAUUCUGAAAAAAACUAAGAUAAUUGCCUCAACCCUGCUGAACUCUAUUUUGCCCCAGUAUGAGAAUGUGAGCCUGCCUGAUUUAGUAGAUAUGUUGACUAUUCAAACCAACACGUCACUUAUGUUUCUAGAAAAUGGAGAAAAUAUUUUGGAAAAAAGUAAGCUUAUAGAUUGGGGAAAACUGCAAACUGAACUGUUCGGAAGUCUGAUCUCUAAAUCUGUCCAUCCUCCACAUUUUACUAAAAACAAGCUGGGACAGUUUGCUGAAAUCAAUCCUGCCUUUAUUCCCAUCUGUAUAUCUGGCUUUGAAUCUGUUGGUUUGAAGCACAAAGGGUUUAAGCACAAAUUGUGCGAAGAUUUUGACCCAUUUGUGUUUAAUGGUAAGCAGUGCUACAGGUUGGAUACAAGUAAGGAAAAGUUUAAGUCUAGCUAUCUAACCCUGCUGGUGGAUUCAAGGACAUUCGAUCUCACAACAUACAGUACAAAGAUCAAACCAGAGUAUUUUAGAGGUAACGUUGCAUAUUUACAUCCUGACUUAUCCUUUGGAAGAAUAUACCUGGAUACUACUGAAAGUCUGGAAAUUGAUGAAGGUUUAACCUUGUUUGAGAACCUGCAAGAUGGAUCUGAGAGACCAUUUUCAACACUGUAUCUCAAGGUCAAAAGACCCAUUAGAUACACAUACACUGAGAACUUUGAAAGUCUGUCAAGUAAACAAAGAAACUGUCUUCUACAAACUGAGGCAAAGAGGAACUACAGAAGAAAGUCUUGUAUUUACGACUACAUACUAACUGCUAAGGAACUCCAAUGCAACUGUUCUAGGUGGUUCAGAGCGGAUAAAAACACCAGAGCUUGUUCUGUAAAGGAUCUCCCUUGCUUGGGAGACAUGCCGGAUUCAUUUUUAGACCUUGUACAGCAGGAGAUAGAUCUUUAUUCUCAGGCAUUGGUUUCCUGCCAGGAGUCGUGUGAAAAGUUUUACGUAACUAUUGAGAAUGAUCAGCAACAUCCAGAUAAAUUUCCAUUCACAAAACAGGAACUUUUUGAUAUUGCACGGGAUUAUACAGAAUUCAAACUAAGAUAUAAAACGAAUGAGAUGGCUGCUCGAAGUUUCUACAACAUCACCCUUGAUAACCGAGCAGACUAUGAUUCCACAACAGGACUACUUGAGAAAUUAAACAGGACGUCCUCGCCUAGAUGGAAUGAAAAGACAAGUCUUAGUGUGAUUGCUAUCUUCUAUGACAAGGAAGAUACUGCUAAACUAUUUGAAGUGAAGAGAAUGAACACAAGGUUUACAGUAGUUGAUCUGCUUUCAACUGUUGGAGGCACAAUGGGGCUGUUCACAGGGUUCUCUAUACUCUCAGGAGCAGAGAUUUUAUACUGGAUAUUCGGGACUAUAGCCUCCCUGCUAUGCUAUAGGGUGUGCUCUAUACAGAGACAGAAGAAGAGAAAUAAAUGAAUAAAACUUGAUUGAGCUGAAAUAUUAUAAUCAGAUUUAAUCAUUUUUUUUUCUCAGAAUCAUUAGCAAGUAUAAAUUAUUGACGUAAAGAAGGCUGACAAAAAUAUUAAUGUAAAAAUGGCUGAAAUAAAUAUAACUAUAAAGGAGGCUGACAAUAAAUGUAAAGAAGGCUGACAUAAAUAUUAAUGUAAAAAUGGCUGAAAUAAAUAUAACUAUAAAGGAGGCUGACAAUAAAUGUAAAGAAGAUUGAAAUAAAUAUAAAUAUAAAUAUAAAUGUAAAGAGGGCUGACAAUCAAUAUAAAUGUAAAGAAGGCUGACAAUCAAUAUAAAUAUAAUGAAGGCUGACAAAAAAUAUAUAAAUUUAAAUAUAAAGAUGGCUGACAAUAAAUAUAAAUGUAAAGGAGGCUGACAAUCAAUAUAAAUAUAAAGAAAACUGACAAUCAAUAUAAGUAUAAAGAAAACUGAUAAUAGAUGUAAAAAUAAAGAAAACU